GAAACAAUGAAGAAGAUUUUGUAUAUUUCCUUAUCAUUAACGCUUUUCACACUCGUAGCUGCACAAACGGUGAUAGAUGGCAAACGGGCACCUUGCUCCAAUGAAGGUGAAAGGGUGUCACUGGACAACAUAGACAAACAUCGAUGCUUUUCCUGUAUUUGUAAGAAUGGAUAUGUCGAAUGCGAUAAUGUGUGUCCAAGGAUAGAUGAAUGUCAUUUAGUAGUAGAAGAUGAUUGUUGCAAACGAUGUAAAGGUUGCAUUUAUAAAGGCAUUUAUCACCCAAGUCACACGGAAUGGACGAGCUCUACUAACGCAUGUAAAGUAUUAAGAUGUGAAGCAGGUGUUGUUACCGAGUCGGAUUUGCAUUGUCACACGCCCUGUGCGAACCCUCUGCCGCCUGAACCAGGAAAAUGUUGUUCCACAUGUCCAGAGUGCAAGAUAAAUGGGCAAAUUGCCUCGGAUGAUCGAGACGUGAUAUCUGAUGAUCCCUGCCUGAAAUGUCGAUGUAGUGAUGGAAAGAUGAUUUGUGCGAAAAAAUCAUGUCCUGUGCUCCAAUGCAUUCCUGAGCGACAGUACCACUCUCCUGGAGAGUGCUGUCCACGAUGUAAGGGCACCAGAGCCCUAAUAGAGUUAAAGAAUAGGUGUACUCUGCAAGCAUUCGUACUUAGGGAAGGAACUUCCAUCAACUUAGAUAAAUGUACUAAUUGUACGUGUCAGAAUGAAACGUCAGUUUGUACUAGGGCGUCUUGUCCGAUCUUGGAUUGCGCACCAGAGUUACAAAAACCGGUUCCGGGCAGUUGCUGCAAGAAGUGCAUUAUGCCAGAAGAGGUUCGAACUCAAUGUUUUCAUGCAGGGAAAUUGUAUGAGGAUGGCCAACAGUGGAAACUCGAUUCCUGCAAAUCCUGUAAGUGCCAAAGAGGGAUGCCUAGCUGCGCAAUUACAAAAUGCAACACAACUUGUACUGCGGGAACUCGACUAGUGCAUUCUUCCGAGGAAUGUUGCCCUAAAUGUGUUGAAGUUGAGGGAGCGUGCAUGGUCUUUGGCGAUCCUCAUUACAAGUCUUUCGAUGGGAAAAUAUUCAGCUUUAAAGGGGUUGGAAAGUACCAGUUAACAGCUGAUUGUCAAAACAACACUUUUUCGGUGAAAGUGGCCAAUGCAAAUAAAGUUUCAUCUACGUCGACAAAAAGAGUAGCUGUGCAAUAUGGUAACAUCCGUAUAAAUCUACAGCAGAAGGGCAGAAUUAAGUACAAUGGUCAACGCAUAAAAGCCCCUUAUGAGGUAAAACAUAAAUUCCGUGUAGAAAAGAUGCGUGAUAUUAUCGAAAUUAAUCUUCAGAAUGGUGUAAACUUGUUUUGGAAUGGGAAAAGUUUCCUUGAAGUAACUGUCCCGGCUUCAUUCAAAAAUAAAUUAUGUGGACUAUGUGGUAAUUUUAAUUCCAAUGUUCAAGACGAUCUGAAAACUAAAGGGGGACGAAUUGUUACUGACAAGGAAAUUCUUGGCUUUGGCACCUCUUGGUGUACCGGUAAACGAAGCGAUUGUGCGAAAAAGCUAAAGUCGGCAAAUAAGGCUACUUGUACAAACAGACAUCGCACUGAAAAAAAUCUUUGCAAAUAUUUCAGUAGCGAGCCAUUUACAGCAUGUGAUUCUAAACUAAAUUAUAGUAAGUAUUAUAAGGCUUGCAAAAUAGAUAUGUGCCACUGUCCAAACGGAAAAUGUUACUGUGAAAGUCUAUUGGCGUAUGCAAGGGAAUGUCAAAGAUUAGGUGUUAAAUUGCCUAAUUGGCAGAAGCAUAGUUAUUGUGACGCCAAUAGUUUGAGGCGGCCUAGUACUUCACAUAAGUCGCAUAACAAGCACAAACACAAUGCUUUGCUUAGAUAUAUACCAAAAAAUUUAAACAAAACCAGAGGUUCAGUAGACCCUAUUCCAAUACACUAGAUUUAUAAACGUUUAGAUAGCUAGUCAUUGUCAGUAUUUACCAGGACGCAUGUAGAAUAAAUCGAAAACGUGUAAAUAUUGUUUAAAGUAUUAUUAUAUUGUAAAUUUCUGUAAUGAUGUAUCGCAUGCUUAGUAAAUUUGAAUUUGUGUUUAAAAUGCUGGCCAUUUUAAAUGCCACUUAAAUAUAUAAUGAUCUCUUCACAAGAAGACUUGUGGGCUAUGAUAGUAGAAACAGUUUUUGUCUCUGAAUACUUGGGCAUUUGUAAUUGUCUAUUAUGAAUAAGAAUAAUUAACUUCUAAGAAGUUUAUUCUUAAUUAUUUAUGACUAUAGAUAAUUACUUCAUUAUUUAUAGAGAUGCUGAAAGUAGAAAUUUUUUGAAUUGACAAAAUCGAUACAUACUACUUACUGACUAUAAAAAACUACUUAUGACAAAUAUAUAGUGAAGAAAAUAUGUAAAAUUUUUUAGUUUUCCUUAUUCUCUUGUAUUUUAUAACUUCACCCCUUUACCUUUUAUAUACAGGGUGUUUCGCAUAAGAACCGACACAGAGGAGGGGCAUGCGGUGAUUUAACGCAA